GUCUCUAACAUUAUUUGCUUGUUCAUUUGCUUCAGUAUUUAUAAAACUGAGAAACACCAGUAUGAUAAUUUAUCUGACCUGAGCACAUGUGAUUUCACAAGCUUAAUACUUAACAAAAACAAAUUGAACUUCCAAUGAUGUGUUCACAAAUCUAGGUAUGCAAAUGCUCAAGAAUUGAGUACUGAACCGUUUUGCUUGGGUAGAUUACAGAUGGCAAACCCAGCAACAUCUGAAAUAUGCGACGCGAACCACGCCCUGGUGACGAACGGCGACGUUCGUGUUCUGCAACCGAUCUUCCAGAUUUACGGACAAUGCAGAGCAUUUUCCGGCCCCAUCGUCACGCUCAAGGUUUUCGAGGACAAUGUUCUGGUGAGAGACAUGCUGGAGACUCCCGGCGACGGCAGAGUUCUGGUGGUGGACGGCGGGGAGAGCCGGCGGUGCGCCCUGGUUGGAGGGAACCUAGGUCAGCUGGCUCAGAACAUGGGCUGGGCCGGGAUUAUCGUCAACGGCUGCAUAAGAGACGUCGACGAGAUCAACGCCUGCGAUCUAGGCGUUCGAGCUUUGGGUUCCAAUCCCUUGAAAUCCAGCAAGAAGGGCCACGGCGAAAAGCAUGUUCCGGUUAAUGUUUGGGGCACCAUCAUACAUGAUGGAGAAUGGCUUUAUGCAGAUACUGAUGGUGUUCUCAUUUCCAAGACACAGUUGUCUGUUUGAUUUCUCUCUGUCCAACAAAAAAUGGUGAGUGAGGAUUUGAUGAUAUUUUAUGAUGCCUCAGAGUAAUUCAUGUGUGCAGAUUUUGCACGUAAUAUUCGCUCUAGCUCAUUAAAUUUUUAAUUUUGUGCAGAUUUUACACGUAAUAUUCGCUCUAGCUCAUUAAGUUUCUAGUAAUAUUCGCUCUAGCUCAUUAAAUUUCUAAUUUUUUGUAGCUGUUUGCAAAUAAUGCAGCAGAUAACAAGUUGGAGUUGGGUUAUGAAACAUUUAUGUUUAUAUUUA